AUGUGGUUGUUGUACAGCAACCCACAACUCCUGUCAGAUAUGGUGAUACAAUGUUUCUGGGCCGCUGAAGUUGAGGGAAACUUGAGAAGAAAAGUCGAAUUAGGCUCAGCACCAGCCGUAUCCAUGUAUCUACUUGCCAUACCUACUACCGAUGAGACAUGGCGAUCUAUUCUUCGACAAAGACAUCAGGCCAAUGCCUCGAGAAACCUUGGAUACCAUUCCUCUCCGCGUGCGCUUUCUAUUUCAUACAUUCGAAGCGGUGAGGACAUCGGCCCCACAUCCUGGUCGCUCACUUUCAUGUCAAAAACCAAUUGUUAUACCAUUCGGAGAACCACUGGUAACAUGGGCGGAAAGACAAACCUCUCCCAAAAUGGGCCUUGCUAUUUCUGUGUGAAGACAGAUGACUCUCACCGGUGUCAUUCUGUUAGUGGAAAAACCGCUCAUGUAUAA